AUGAAUAACAAGAAUUGGAAUGAUCGCGCCGAUAAAGAUUUGUUCUUCACCAUUCUAUCCGUGAAGAAUAUAGGAGUUAUCAGCGGCUCAGAAUGGACCACGAUAGGUAACCACAUGAGAACCCUCGGCUAUGGGUUCACAAAUGAGGGAUGCCGGCAACAUUUUCAAGGCCUGAGAAGAGCCCAAAACAAGUCAGGUGAUGGUGGAAGCACAGGAGCUAGCAACAGACGGGUUGAUCCCACGUGGAAUCCGAUUACCAGGAGGCCUGGCCCUGGAAGGGGCCGGCCAAAGAAGUCUAUAUCUUCAGACGCCUCAGCCACCGCGCCGUCGGUGUCGGUUCCUGAUGCCAUAGCCUCUGGGCAGCCCAAUCCUGCACCCGUAGCAAUCCCUGGCCUUCCACCACAGGUUCCAAUUGGCCAGGUCUAUGAACCAAGCCAGCAGCCUAUACAUUAUCCCUCGCCUCCACUACCACACGCUCAGCUCCAUGGGCAGCAGCCACAUCCCGGAAUGUCUCAACCGCAGCAUCAUAUCACAGAGCCUCACCCACAAGACAACCAGCCAAAUCAGUCCCUUGCCGAUAACAAACAAGGGGGAGUGGCAAAUCAUCACGAUGGGAGCCUUCCUAUGCCGCACACUGGUAGAGCCGAAAUAGAAGGCUCGUCUGUUGAUGCCCUUCAUCUCGAACCUGAAAAUGACAUAGACGCUGAAGGCGAGGGCGACGACGAACCGCCAAUAAAGCGGCAGAGAAUAGAUUCUGACAACGCAAUUCCACCCGACUCCCUGGAAGAUGAUCCAGUUCUGGCUCUUGCGACUGCUAACAAUGCAGGGCCCAACGACCCAUAUCCUCCAGACUUUAGUUACGCGGAAGCAUAG